AUGGAUUUGGAGAUUUUCGAGCAGUAUCUCUGGGAAAGAGUGGCUUUCGUUGAACUUGUUCAGCAGAUUAAGGACGCAAUUGCAACGAAAAUCAAGGGCAACAGUUAUGUCUGCAAGGGGUUCGUGCAAGUAAUCCAGGUUUGGGCUUACGCUUAUAUACCCGGUCUUGGAGAAGCAAUUGGGCGUCCUAUCAGGUCAAAUGGUCCAUGCUUACUGAGGUUCAAAGGCAAGUAUGGAAAGCUCCCCUUGGGUUUUAUACUUGAGAAAGCGAAGGUAACUUGUAUGUCCCAGCGAAGCGUAGAUGAAGUUCAUCCAGUUUGGGAACACCAAGAUGAGGAUCCUGAGAUUGACAACCUCUUGGAGUUCCUUCACCAAGACAAUUCCCUGAGUACCAUUACUUGGCAAGCUCUGCCGGAGUACCCAUUGACACCGAUUGAAUGUAACAAGCGUAGGCGGGUUGCAAGCCAGAGGAAAUCAAAGAAAUCAAAGAAUGUGGCAAGCAACGGGCAAGAAAACAUAGCAGAUGGAGGUGGCAUUACCAUAGAUAAUCUAGCAUCUCGAAUCACUCAGCUGGAAGAAAUUAUGCUAGUAAAAACACCCGCACACAAUCGGUUCUCUAACACAAAGCUACCAGCAAAACCAGCGAAAAUAGAAGGCAGCACAGGAGAGACUACAUUACAAGGAACUGAUGGACACCAGGACCCGGGAAAAGAAAGAGACAAGGAAGAAGGCAAACUAGUCAGUGAAGAUCACCCAGACAACCCAGAGGAAGAGAAUACAGUAGAAGACAUGGAAGGGGAACUGCCAUUUGAGAGGCAAGGAGAAGACAUGGAAGAGGAACUGCCAUAUGAAGGGGAAGGCAUAGAUGUUGGAGAGGGUGCACCACAAACAAAAAGGGACGAUCACACAGACAACCCAGAUGAAGAGAAUGCAGGAGAAGAAGGCGAUGAAGAACAAGGAAAUGAACAAUCACAAUCAAAAUCUACGGUUUGUAGACUCUUGCAGGAAAUAAAUCAAUGUUACUCGUUGGAGGAAACCGAGCCUUCAAAAAUACAGAAUCACUGCUUGUUAAUACCAAAGGUUGAAGAGACUUCUGAGUCCAAAAAGGAACCAGAUUAUGAAAAGGCUACUACAGUAUCCUCAGAGUCACUCAACCCACAUCCUUUCGCACGAAUGAAGAAAACAGACAAACUUGCAGCCACUUCAUCUGCCUCAGUCACCACUGGCGUGCCUUAUGAAGACUUGUUGGUUAAAGUGGCUGAAAGAAAGACCAGCCGUUUGCAGAAUCGGGCAAACCAUCCCCCUCCUAGGUAUGAAAAGAAUAGGAUACCUCUCUUGUCGCAGAACCUAAGAAGCCCAUUUGAACCUGGCACCCAAGUUAAGGGGGGUUUGAACAGAUAUGCGAAGCUUUACACAUUAACUGAACUGGAGGAGGUUGUAUAUGGGAAAGUUGCAGAGUCAAAAGUUGCAGAGCUAACCUUUUUUAUGAGUAGAAAGGAUUCCGUUUAUCCAAUUGGCUCACCGACGCGUGCCAGUGAAUUCUUCGAAGUUUUUAUGAAGCGGAGGGAAUGGUUGGAAGACGAGCACAUGGACGCAGCUUUAAGUUUUUAUAGAUUAAGAUUCCAAGAACACCCAAGUAUGUUCCCAUCUACAAAGAUUGCUAUUAUGGACGUAGCCUUCCAGAUGCUCUGGGCACAUCAGUACGAGAACUGGAAAGCAAAUGAAGCCCUUCCUGGUGGGAUGUUUUUCUACUACUACGGGCUUGCUCCACGAUAUGCUGAAACAAAGAUGUGGUGCGGGGAGGAUGUGGAUACGAUUGUUUCCUGUCUUAAUGUGCAUAACAACAGUCAUUGA